UCGGAGGACUGAUUAAGACUCAACUGCUUUUCUCUCAUCAGCUCUUGAAGUGUGCUUCAAAAGAGGAAGUUAAAAUCGCACUUGCAGGCACAUGUAUUAGGACAUCAUCUACUAAGACCAUGCAGUUCAAUAACAAUAGUACUUGUAAUGCUAGCGGAGGAAAAGUUGACCCCGCCAUUCUCCCUCCUUUACUUAUAUGCGAGCUCUUGCUUGGCCUGCCAGGAAACUUGAUGGCGCUUUAUGUCUUCUGUCGCCAGCUACGGACUUGGAGAACCAACAUCCUGUUUCUCUUCAACCUGCUCCUGGCUGAUUUUUUUCUAUUGCUGAGCAUGCCUUUUCGUAUUGACGCCUAUCUACACUCUGAAAACUGGGUGUUUGGUGACGCUUGGUGUCGGAUCAACCUUUUCAUGCUUGCAGUCAAUCGAUCAGCAAGCAUCAGCUUUAUGACUGCCGUGGCUGUGAAUCGCUAUUUCAAAGUUGUCCAUCCGCAUCAUAAAAUCAAUUACAUUAGCUCAGACAAAGCAGGAGGGAUUGCAUGUUUCAUAUGGGUGACUGUGAUCUUAAUGCGGCUUCCUCUGCUGACUAUUGAACUCCUUAAAAACGAGGGGAAUGCUUCUUACUGUCGGAGCUUUAGUGGCGAAGAUCCCCCAUUUGCUAUAAAGCUACACUAUGGGAUCUUUUUUGCUGAGUUUUUCCUUCCUUUGUUUAUACUACUCUUCUGUUCUAUUCGGAUUUCCUGCAUAUUACAACAGCGGCAGAUGGACAAAGAGAAGAAGGUGCGACAGGCUAUUUACACCGUUCUAGUCAUUAUUGGGGUCUUCAUCUUUUGCUUCUUCCCUGGAGUGGCCACUGGAGUAGUUGCACUCUAUUUGAAAACCAAGUCAAAUGAAUACUGUGAUGCUUACAAAUUAGUUAGUCAGAUGUUUGUCUUGUCCAUUGGGUUUACAUACAUGAACAGUGCACUGGACCCCGUCAUCUACUGCUUCUCCAGCUCCCUAUUCCGCAAUGCUGUAAAAAAGUCGAUCAAUCAAACUGGAGUGAUGCAAUUACAGCUAAGCCGCCGUGCUAGCACAGCAAAUGGAAGUGAUUACUAACCAGGUCA